GAAGGAAGGAUGGAUACAGUAGCAAUACUGAGAAUGAGAAUGGCCCGUUCAGGAGCUCGGCAGGACUUUUGCACUCUUGCCAAACAAGUUGUUCCGGGCUCUGCAUUUUUGUCCCUUUGAUUAUGUGCCAUCAGGUCGUGUUUGUCUCCUAGUGGCCGCAGACAGGGCCUGUCCUGUCCUUUCGGGUCUUCCGACGGGGCCCCGGGGCCACUGCGACGGAGCCCGUCCCCCUCGCUGCUGGUCCUCCUCCUCUCCUCUCUCCUCCCACCCUUGCCAGCAUCAGAGCCUUCUCCAGAGAGCAUGAAGUGUCCAAGGUAGGACAACCGGAGCCUGGUCAUUUGUGACUCCGGGUUGGUUUGCUCAAUGACCCAUCCGUUUGUUUUCUUGGCUGCCCACGGCGGUCCCAGGGGCCUUCUGCAGCACCGGAGUUCAAAAGCAUCAAUGCUCCUCCUAUCUGACACCUACAAGGUCCAACGUGCGCCUCCGUAGAGGGAACACCGUGGCGUGCAGCAUCCUGCCCUCUCCCACGCAGUGUGAACUGACGCCCUUGCCACUGUCACCAGUGAUCUUCCGCCUCCAGCAUCCUCCUCUAUUGCUGCUGCCCAAUAAAGGUGCCCGUCCCCGCGCAGCUGGGAUGGCCUUUGCACCUGGGUGACCCAGCUGGGAGUUUAUACUCUUGGCAUAUGCUCCUGAUGUCCUUUGUUCACCCCUCCCAGGAACCCCCCUGCCAUGAUGAGGCACAACAGCAAGACUGGGGCAGGGGGUUGCUCUCGUACUGUUUCUGUCUUUCACCCCAUGCUCCCAAUGUUCACGCUUCCCUCUUUGGACGCUUGCAGGUGUUGCAUGAAAGAGCCACCAGGGGGCACCCUCUGCAAAGCAAUUGCGCCUUUGGAAGCCAAGUCUGAUCCUCCCAGUGCCAGCAGCUUUGGAGAUCCAGGGGAUUCCUUCAAAGUCUUUGCAUCUUCUGGGGAGUCCAGAGAGAAAAUGGAGGCCGAGCACCUAAUAGGAAAAAGUCUUGGUGGUGCUCAGGUUGAGAGCUGGAGGGAAUUCGACUAACGGACUAGGCAGAAGAUCUUGGAAGAAGAACGUCUCACAGGGGAUGUUCAGCCCCAGAACAUCAGGGAAUUCUGCUACCAGGACGCUGAAAGACCCUGAGGAGUUUGUAGCCACCUCCACCACCUUUGCCUUCAAUGGCUGAAUCCAGAAAGGCACACAAAAACUCAGAUGCUGGACCUAGUGGUCCUGGAGCAGUUCCUGGCCGUCCUGCCCCCAGAGAUGGAGAGCUGGGUGCGGGAGUGUGGAGCAGAGACAACUUCCCAGGCAGUGGCCCUAGCUGAAGGCUUCCUCCUGAGCCAGGCAGUGGACAAAGAAGAGGAGCAGGGAAGAUCCACUGAGGUGAAGGCACCAGGUCUCAAGGCAAGGAUGAAGCCAUCAGAUUCCUCUCAAGGGUUACUGUUUGGGGUGAUCUUCCAGGAGGAUCAAACUCAGCCCACCUCACCAGGGGAUGGUACAAUAUCCAUGGUACUUCAUGAAGCAUUGCCUUUUUCUCAUGGAGGAGAAAGAGUAACUCUGCCACCUGGUCAGGGUCCCGUGUCCUUCCAGGAGGUGGCGGUGUGUUUCUCAGAGGAGGAGUGGGCUCUGCUGGAUUCCACCCAGAAGGCCCUCCAUGGGGAAGUCAUGCGGGAGAAUUCUAAAAAUGUGGCUUCUCUGGGAGAAUGGGAAAAUGAGAAUUUUCAGGAGCUGCAUAUGAUGACAUCACAAACUAUCAAACAUGAAAUGGGAAAAGAGACAUUGGAAAAUCAGUGGAAGUCAAAAAGACACAAGAAAAACCACUUUAACUAUGCAAGGGAUAAAUUGCCGAGUUCUCAGUGUGCAGAGGUCUAUGAGUUCCUGACUCAACAGGAUCAUGCAGAAAACAGAAAGGAGACAAUACUCAGUGAUACGGAUCUCUAUUAUCAACAUGGAACCAAGACUAGACACAACCAAGAUGACUGGAAAAAGCCUGGAACAUUUUUCAGUCAAGACUCUCUUACUUUAUGUCAGCAAAUCCUCACUGAGGAGAAACCACAUACGUGCAUGCAGUGUGGAAAGAGCUUCAAGUGGAGCUAUAAUCUUACUUUACAUAGAAGAGUACACACAGGAGAGAGACCACAUCAGUGCACAGAGUGUGGAAAAAGCUUUAUUGAUCACAGGGCCCUUAAUUCCCAUAAAAGGAUCCAUACAGUUGAAAAAGCAUUUAAAUGCAAGGAUUGUUGGAGGAGCUUCAGUAACUUAAGUUCCCUGAACUUCCAUAAAAGGAUUCACAUGGGGGAGAAAACAUAUCAAUGCAUGGAGUGUGGAAAAUGCUUCAGCCAGAACUGUAUCCUUACUUCUCAUCAAAGGCUUCACACAGGAGAGAAACCCUAUGAAUGCAUGGAGUGUGGGAAGAGCUUCAAAGAUAGUUCUGCCCUUAUUUCCCAUAGAAGGAUCCAUUCAGGGGAAAGACCAUAUAAAUGUAUGGAUUGUGGAAAGAACUUCAAGCAGAACAGUGAACUUACUUCUCACAGAAGGAUCCACACAGGAGAGAAACCUUAUCAAUGCAUGGAUUGUGGAAAGACCUUCAAGCAGAGCAGUGAACUUAUAUCCCACCGAAGGAUCCACACGGGAGAGAAACCAUAUAAAUGUAUGGAUUGUGGAAAGAGAUUCAGCACAAGCAGCCACCUUACUUUCCAUAAAAGGCUCCACACAGGAGAGAAGCCAUAUAAAUGCAUGAAGUGCGGAAAGAGCUUCAUCCAGAGUAGUAGCCUUACUUCUCAUCAAAGACUCCACACAGGUGAAAAACCAUAUCAAUGCAAGGAAUGUGGAAAGAACUUCAACCAGAGGUGUAAUCUUGUUUCACAUCAAAGGUUGCACACAGGAGAGAAACCAUAUAAAUGCAUAGAGUGUGGAAAGAGCUUCAGCCAGAAUUGUAUCCUUUCUUCACAUCAAAGGGUCCACACAGAAGAGAAACCAUUUAAAUGCAUGGAAUGUGGAAAGAGCUUCAAACAUAGCUCUAUCCUCAUUUCUCAUAGAAGGAUCCAUUCAGGGGAAAGACCAUAUAAAUGCAUGGAUUGUGGAAAGAGUUUCAAGCACAGUUCUACCCUUCUGUCCCAUAGAAGGAUCCACACUGCAGAGAAACCAUAUAAAUGCAUGGAGUGUGGAAAGAGCUUCAAGGAUAGAAGUGAUUUUACCUUUCAUAAAAGGAUCCACACAGGUGAGAAACCGUAUCAAUGUAUGGAAUGUGGAAAGAGCUUCAGCAAGAACUGUAACCUUACUUCACAUCAAAGGCUCCAUACAGGUGAAAAACCAUAUAAAUGUAUAGAGUGUGGAAAGAGCUUCAACCACACUGGUACACUGAUUUCUCAUAGAAGGAUCCAUUCAGGAGAAAGACCAUACAAAUGCAUGGAGUGUGGAAAGAGCUUUAAGCAGAGCAGUAAUCUUCCCAUAAAAGGAUCCACACAGGAGAGAAACCCUAUAAAUGUAUUCUGUGUGCAAAGAGUUUCAAGCAGAGCAGUGAUCUUACUUCUCAUAAAAGAAUCCACACAGGAGAGAAACCCGAUAAAUGCCUGGAGUGUGGGAAGAGUUUCAAGCACAAUGGUAACCUUAUUUCCCACAGAGAUAAGAUUUUGCUGUUAUCACCGAAGAUAAAUUCCUUGUGUAUGUUUUAUACU